UGAAUGUCUCGUCUCGUGAAAAGCAGUGUCAAAGUAGCUACCAAGUUAAAAUUGUACGUUGCACAUUAAUUUUAUAAAAAUUCGACUAAUGAAUAAAAAUAUAGACAAAUAAAAAUGUAGAAAUAACAACCAGAAGAAAGUGCGUAAAUUGUAGAAGAUCCACGUUCUGUGAAGUGCCUUCGUAGUAAAAUUAAUGGAGUAAAAACUGUGUAUCUCAUUUCCUCCGAACUAUUGGUUAACUUCCAAGUACUUUUAUUUAAAAGUAUUCGUAACAUCUGUGUAUUCAACAUAUAACAAUAAUAACUUUUAUAAAUCUAACACGAUGCUUUAUUUAUACAAUUGUUCUGCAUUAGGUUAAACUCAGGUUAGGUAUUUAAGAACAAGUAUCGAGCAUGAUCAUUGAUGAGAAGAACAUGGAAGUUAAUGAUCAGUUAGAGACGUUCGGUUUUUAAUCAAAAUAUUAAGUGUUGCCUUAAGAAAAAUAUUAACAAUAAGAUUUCGCCUUAAAGUAUUAAGUUUGUCUAAAUUAAGGAAUUUUUUAAAUAUUUAGUUCUUAACAGUAAAUUUUUAACAAGUUUUUAACUUCGUAAUGCGUAAAUGAAAAUUGUACGUAUUACAUGACGGAAGUUCAUGAUCUAGGAGUAUUGAAAUAUAAAUUUUAAAUUAAUAAAAUGACAGAGUUUGGGAAAAAACUAAUAACUAGUAAAGACGUGCAAAAACGAUGUAAUGAUUGGGUAGAAUCGCAAAAAGAUUUCACAUACACGGACGAGACACAAUGUAAAAGAAAGCAAAUAGAUGACGAUGAUAGUUAUAAUACUGAUUCUGAAUUUGAUUCCGUGUCAGAGUGCGGAACGAAGAGAAGAGUUGGUUUCCCGCUGAAACGUGAAGUUUUUCAUUUGUCCUGCGAAUGGAUUGGCUGCAAACACGAAACCAAUCAUGUUGAGCGAUUCGUAAAUCACGUGGCUACACAUGUGUCUGAUUUAAAUACGCGGACCAAUGAGAAAGGAGUCAAUGUUUACAUAUGCCAAUGGACUGAUUGUUUGUACGAGAAUGACGAACCCGACGAGAUUUCUAGGCACGUCAAUUAUCAUGCCUAUCACACUAAAUUAAAAUGUAUUGGAUCAAAUAUUCGGUCCAGAAUUAAAUUACCUAAAUGUCGUAGAGACUCCGAAUGGAAAAAUGUUGUGGAUCUUCCAGCGCCACUUCUUUGCCGUUGGGAGGAAUGUUUGAAAUACUUUAGAAAUUAUCAAUUAUAUUUAUAUCAUGUAGCUGCUCAUAUUGAGGAAGGUCCAAGGGGUAAUAAAAUUGAAGGAGGUGUAAAAUGUAAAUGGACAGGUUGUGAUAACUGCUACCCUAAUUUGUACAAAUUGAGGAAUCAUAUACGACAUCAUACAAAGGAAAAAAUUGUUGCUUGUCCUGAUUGUGGUGCUACGUUUGCUUCCAAUACAAAAUUUCAUAUACAUUGCAAACGACAGAUUCCAAUUGAUGUUCAGGGAUUCCAAUGCUCCCACUGCAAUAAGUUUUAUCCAACCGAGGGAAUUUUGAGGGAUCAUAUGCGAAUGCAUGUUUUUAAUUACAAAUGCACUCUUUGCGAUAUGAGUUGUGAAUCACCUGCCAAUUUAGCUAAACAUGUUAGAUAUCGGCAUGUUUCUACUAGAAGCUUUCCUUGUCAACUUUGCAACCAUGCUGCUAAAUCUCAACAGGAUCUAGAUACACACAUGACAGUUCAUACAAAGGGGCCUAAUUUUUCAUGUCAUUUUGAAGGAUGCCAAUACAAAUGCAAAGGUGCAUACACUCUCGAUAGGCAUAUAGAACGAGUUCAUACUAUGCAAGUGAGAUGGUAUUGCUGUCAUGAAUGCCCUGUAAAAUAUAGGAAAAGCUAUAGAUUAACGAAACAUUUAAUUGAAACACAUCAAUUACAAUUACCCAGUGGUCAUACAAGAUUUCAAUAUAGCCAUGACGAAGAUGGAUGUUAUAGAUUACAAAUGGUCAGAUAUGAAGCAGUUGAAGAAGAAACAAAUCCUUUUAUUAAUCAGUCAAAAUUACAAAAUAGAAAAUUCAAAAUAAAAUUAAAUAAAGAUGCCAGUGUGCCUAAAAUUGAAGUUUUUGAAGAUUUAAAUGAGAACGAAGAAGAUGAAGAUAACGAAGAACAAGGAAAGUCGGGGGAGAAAAAUGAUGAAGGAAAAUCUAUGCCAGUAAUAUCAAAUAUUUUAAUAACGAUUGACGAAACUGAUGCCGAGGGAAAUAUAAUUAGAAGUAGAGUUGUGGAAGCGCAAGAAACUAUGGAAUUACCACCUACUGAAGGAUCUCCGUUAAUUUUAACACUUCUUCCAAAAAUUAUAAAUGGCGGGAUCGCAGGUAUUAUCGGUGUCUCUGUGGUAUUCCCACUGGACUUGGUUAAAACACGAUUACAGAAUCAAGUUGUCGGUCCUAAUGGCGAACGAAUGUAUAAAUCUAUGUUUGACUGCUUUAAGAAGACUUACAGUGCUGAAGGCUACUUUGGCAUGUAUAAAGGAUCUGGCGUGAAUAUUCUUUUAAUCACACCAGAGAAAGCAAUCAAACUCACUGCCAAUGAUACAUUUCGUCAUUACUUAUCUACCGGAGCUGGACAGCAACUGCCAUUAGAACGUGAAAUGCUUGCUGGUGGUUUAGCUGGAGCAUGUCAAAUUAUUGUCACAACUCCGAUGGAAUUACUAAAAAUUCAAAUGCAAGAUGCUGGACGAGUAGCAGCGGCAGCAAAAGAAGCAGGAAAAGUUGUGCCAAAGGUGUCAGCGUUAUCACUAACGAAAGAUUUACUACGAAAAAGAGGCAUUUUGGGUCUUUACCAAGGUACUGGUGCAACAGCGCUUAGAGAUGUCACAUUUUCUAUUAUUUACUUUCCAUUAUUCGCUAGACUGAAUACUGUAUUUUGGUGUUCGUUUUUGGCUGGUUGUACCGCUGGUUCUGUAGCUGCAUUAUCAGUGAAUCCGUUUGAUGUAGUCAAAACAAGAUUGCAAGUAAUCAAAAAGGCACCCGGUGAACCAACAUAUGAUGGUGUACUGGACUGCAUAACUAAAACAUUGAAGAAUGAAGGUCCAACUGCGUUCUUCAAAGGUGGAGCGUGUAGAAUGAUAGUAAUAGCACCCCUUUUCGGGAUUGCACAAACCGUUUACUACCUCGGCGUCGCAGAAUGGCUGUUGGGUCUUAAUUAAACGUUGCCCUCUUCUUUCCUGUGCCGUCUUAAUACUCUGGGAUUAAACUGACAAUAACUGGCGCGUUAUAGAUGUAUUUUCGCUUAAUAUGGUUCGCUAAUUGCUGAGCAAGUGAGUUAUUCUUUUUCUUAAUUAUCUGAGAACCUUGAUUAUCUGAUGAACAUGAGUAGCGUUAUACGUGCGUUAUACGCAAUAAAUUGUUCAAAAUAAAAUGUUACUGUAAAUAACUUUUACUUCCUCUAAAAUUUAAAUAUUACUAAAAUAUCAAAAAUUGCAUAAUUUAAUGGUUACAUGAUUUUGAUUUUGAUACAUGUCUAACCAAAUUAAAUUAUGAGAUAUUUGAUUUUAAUAAAAAAAAGAAAAAAAUUUGAUACAAUCGAGCGAUCAAUUUUAAUUAACUUAUUUCUUUAUAUUUUUGUAAUUUUUAAGGAUAAUCAAGGUUCUGUUGAGCUACUAGAUCACCGUUUAUAAAUAAUAACGAUGAUUCUUAUUAGUAUUAUUAUUGAAUGAGAAUGAAAUCCAUGAUUUGCGAACAAGUUCGCUUAUUUUCAUUAUUGACGAACUAGUCAUAAAUCGUAGAUUUUAUUACCCUUACCUUACUUAUCUCUUUCAUGUAUUACUUUUUCAACAACCAGUGUUUCCAGACAUCUUUAUUUUAUCUUUUGUAACUUACUACAAUACGUUACUGACAUUUUUGGAAAGUAAGAUAAAGAAUUAUCUUUAAAUAUUAUUUUCAUUUGAUGUACAAGUGAAAUACAAAUAAGCUGAUGCAGAAAUUUAUAAUCAAAGUAUUACAUAUCUAAGCACGUAUACGUCAUAUCAUUAAUUAAUCAAUAAUAUUAAAUCAUCAUGGAAAAACUUGAUUACAUUAUUUACGUUGUAUAUAUUAUGUUACAAUGAUGGAAACACUGGUAUAGUAUAUCGUGAUAACAGGAGCUUACAUUUUGUAAGAAUUAUAUUUGUGAAUUCUAGUUAAUUCAAUUGUCAAAAGUUACUAUAGUCGUAAGAAUUAAAUAAUACGAAAUAACUCUUAAUUGGUAUGAUCAAGUAUAAAAUGUGGACAGAAAAUGCAUAGUUUUUAUUAUAUUCUUUUUUAAAUUGAAAUUUAAUAUAUUAUUUUAUGAUUUGUUAACGAUUAUUGUAUUAAAAAACCUCGAGUUGUUUUAAUAUAAAAAAUAUUGUUUAUAAUAUUUCUAUACCUGUUUCUAUCUUUUAAAAUUAUUUAUUUACAGACGUGUUUAUAGAUUUGUAUCAAAUCUGUUUUACUAAAUAUCAUAGCAAUUAAGAGUUAAAUUGUUCUUCCGUUCUUUCCUUAGGAAACUUUGUGGAGAGAUUCUAGAGAAAUUUCCCAAAUGGGAAUUUAUUGUCAAUUUUAGUAAGAGAAUUCUGAGAAUAUAAUAAAAAUAUUAAUGUUAUUGAUGUAUAAUUAACAUUGUACAAAAGUAAAAUCUGCCCUGAGAAAUUUUUGGCUCAUUCUUCAAAAACAUUCCGAAGGAAAUUUAUUUUUUUGAUAAUAAUUUAAGCGAACUUCAUUUAUCCACGAGAAAAAAGAAACGUGAUUAUUUUUUCACUAAUAUAUUUUUUAUUAAAAAAUUUUAUUUAACAAUUGUUUUUUUUUGCAAAACAUUAUUAUAUAAUUUUUUUAUAUAUUUAAAAUCGUAUAUACAAAGUGAAAGUGAAAAAAGGAUGAAAUUGAUUCAAUUUCCUAGUUUUUUUAUUCUCCCUGGGACUUCUUUCAUCUAUAUCUGUCUAUAUCCAUUUACAUAUGAUCUUUUUCAAAUAUUUAUAUGUUG